UUGGAGAUGACAACACAAGGUUCUUCUCUUCCGUCGUGUCGAAGUCACUUUGGUAUGCCCUCAUGGCUUCUAGCCACCUUAGCAGAUCUUGAAGAAAGGACGAAAGCUCUGUCCCUGAACCUCCCUGAAGAUGACGAUUCACACACCUUCGCCGAACGCGCAGAGAAUUAUUACCAGAAACGCCCUCAGCUGCUCUCACUCGUUCAAGACCUCUAUAACGGCUAUCUCUCCUUAGCCGAUCGUCACUGCCAAAACCUAAGAAAGGGUCAUCGUCACCACCGUAACCAAUCUGAAAUCUUACCUAUCAAUUCUGACACCGAAGAAGACUCCGUAACCGCCAGUGAUGAAACCAACCUCGAUUCCAGUGGCAAGAGCUCGCUCUCUUACCAAACCCCACCACCUCCUCAGAACCCCAUCUCCACAGCCACAACACCGCCUCACAAAUCCCUCAUCACUGAGCACUUGGCCAAGACCACCGACUACGAAAUUCUCGUUGACGAACUACGCAUCCUUGAAUACCGCAACACUGAAUCAUCAAGAAAGAUUGAGUUGCAAAAGAGCUUACUUGAGGUGCUCGAAUCGGAACGAUUAAUUCUCCUUAACGAGAACGCGAGGUUGGGUUACAGAGUCACGACUUUAACAGAGGAGAACAAAGGGUUAGCCUCAGAAGCUGUGAUCAUGAAGAAGAGGGCUAGUGUGUUAGCGAGGUGUAUUCUGAAGCUGAGAGAGGACCAUAGGGCUUGUUUGUUGAGUCGUAAAAUUGAAGAUCUUCAGAAUCAGAUAUAUGGAUUGGAGAAGAGGAAUAACGAGUAUUAUGAGAUGUUGGUGAGGAGAGAAGAUGAAGAGAAGAAGAGGAAUAACAAGGAGGAGAUGAUGGCUUUGGAGGUUUGUUUUGAGGCUGAGAAGCUCAAGGAGGAAGCAGCAGUGGAGAGGGGUGGAUGA